AUGUUUAUGCCAAAAGAAACAUUGGAUCAGGCGUGUGAUGUUGUCUUGGUAGUCGAAGAUGGAGAGCUUGAAGCUCAUAAAGACAUUCUUUCAAAAGCAAGUCCUUUCUUUGAAAAGCUGCUGAAUAGCGACAUGAAAGAGGCUAAAGAAGGAGUAGUUCGGUUGGAGAUGUUCACCGAGUCUGUAAUGAGAAACACACUAAAGUUUAUUUACACCGGUGGGGUUCAGAUUUUAAAGGAAGACGAUGCCCGAAACCUGGUUGUGAUUGCAGAUUUUUUAUUCCUUGAGAACCUGAAAACAUUUGCUGCGCGGGCUCUACUAAAGAAAACGGAAAUGAAUAUUUCGAAUUGUAUCUCAACUCUUCGGUUUGCUGAAGGAUAUCACUGCGGCGAACUUGUUUCCAAAACCAAGCAUUUCAUCCAUAAUAACUUUCCCGCCAUCUACAAUGCUAAACGUGAAGUUGUUUUGAGUAUGGCUCACACAGAAAUUGCAAAUUUGCUUUCAAGUGACGAGCUUUGCGUUGGCGCCGAAGAAGAUGUUUUUAACUUUGUUCUGACGUGGAUCGAAUUUGAUAGAGGUAAUCGAGAAAGAUAUUUCGCUGAGAUAUUUCGUCACGUUCGAUUGGUUUACAUAUCACGUGACUUUCUAUGCAAUGAUGUAGUGACACAUGAUUUGGUGAAAAGCAACAGAGACUGUUUAGAACUGGUUAAUGAGGCUAUCAAUAUGAUUGACUGUAAAAAGUUUGAGAAUCUCCCUUUCAAGCCCAGAAAGUCUCUUGAGACUUCUGCUAUAGUGAUAAGUGAUAAGAACAAAUUGAUGUGUUAUUUUCCUGUUGAGAAUGACUGGGUUACGCUAGGCAAGAUUCGUUGUGGAGAAUUUGGCACUUUGCGUGAUCUUUUUCCUUGCCAUGGUAAAUUGUACAGCACGAAAGUCAGACCGACUGCACAAGAUUCCUGGGAACUAGUUACCGUCGGCUACAACCCAUACUGUAACACUUGGACAUCACCGGUAUCGACCCACGAAAACAGAUACGUCCGAGAAAUAUUUGUUGCGAAUGGAGACGAAAUACAUGCUCUGCUUUCAGGGCCAUGCUUUCUGUCCCACGAACCUCUUUGUUGUGGACGAGUAAGUGGAACACACUCUCUUUGUCCCAAGAACAAACAUCUCUCCUACAUUACCAAAUACAAACCAGAAUCAAACUCAUGGCAUGACAUUGCGUCAUUUGAUUAUCUGGAUUUAAGACAAGGUUUUUGCCUUGUGGCUCAAGGAAACUUCAUCUACUUCGUUAGUGGUUUUGUGUUGGAUGGAGACCAGCGCACUUACCUUAAUGAAGUUGACAGGUACGAUUUUGACAAAAACCAGUGGAGGAAACUAGCAAAUAUUCAAGUAGCUAGGGAGUGGGCCUCGGGGGCUGCAACAAAUGGAAAAAUUGUUAUUUUUGGAGGGAAUAUCAGCAAAUAUCAUCAGGUGCCACAAAACUGCCAGUGUGAAUUGUACGAUGAAACAACAAAUGAAUGGCACUUCAUCAAAACUUUGAAAAUUAGACCUGGUUCUUUCACAAAUCUCUUAAUCAUUGACGGGAAGAUCCAUGCUUUCUGUAAAGAAGAAAAGCGUCACAAUGGAAGGAAGUUUGAUCACAAACUGAUUGAAUUGUAUGAUUCUGACAACAAUACUCAGAGUCUGAUUACAAGGUCAAUUUUAUCUUCGAGAUUUCGCUGUUAUGCUCAGAGUCCUUCAGUGAAGGUGUUCAGAGGAUUUUUUAACAACUGUAAGAAGGGAAACUUGAGUGAUGAUGAACUUGCUGGUGCGCCUUCUGCCCCUGCUGGGAACAAGAAAAAAUGCUCAGUCUUGUAA